GUGGCUCCGCGCGCGCGCGUGCGCGCCCGCCUCGUUGGAGCUGGACAGCUGGACCGUGGGCUUGGAUUUGCUGCCCACGCGGGAAGAAGAUGAACGGAACGCGGGGCUGGUGUACCCUGGUGGACGUGCCCCCGGAGGGGCAGACGGAGGUGGGCAGAAAGACCUGUGCAGUGUCUGGCUACUCAACCAGUCAUUCCCUGGCCUCAGAGCUGGUGGAAUCCAACGAUGGACAUGAGGAAAUCAUUAAGGUGUACUUGAAGGGGAGGUCUGGAGACAAGAUGACCCAUGAGAAGAGUAUUAACCAGCUAAAGAGUGAGGUCCAGUACAUCCAGGAGGCCAGGAACUGCCUGCGGAAGCUACGGGAGGAUAUAAGUAGUAAGCUUGACAGAGAUCUAGGAGAGUCCCACCAUCGACAGGAGAUACAGAUGGUGCUAGAGAAGCCCAAUGGUUUUAGUCCGAGUCCCACGACCCUGUACAGCAGCCCACCCGAGGUGGACAUCUAUGUAAGCGAAGAUGUCGACAGCUUGAGGAAGACCGUGCGGGACUUGCUUGCCAAGCUGCAGGAGGCUGAGCGGCAGCACCAGUCAGAACGUGUGGGUUUUGAGGUCACACUCAGCCGGUAUCAGAGAGAAGCAGAGCAGAGUCACUUGGCCCUUCAGAGAGCGGAGGACAGAGCAGAGCAGAAAGAGAUGGAAGUCGGAGAGCUGCAGAGGCACCUGCUUGGGAUGGAGACGGAGCAUCAAGCCUUACUGGAGAAGGUCAGGGAAGGGGAGACGGUCCUGGAGGAACUUCGGAGCAAGAAUGCUGACUGCCAAGCAGAACAAGAAAAGGCCGCUAACCUGGAAAAGGAUGUGGCCGCAUUGCGGGAGAAGAUCCACCACUUGGAUGACAUGCUGAAGAGCCAGCAGCGGAAAGUCAGGCAAAUGAUAGAGCAGCUCCAGAAUUCGAAGGCUGUGAUCCAGUCAAAGGACAGCACCAUCCAGGAGCUCAAGGAGAAAAUAGCCUACCUGGAAGCAGAGAAUUUAGAGAUGCACGACCGGCUGGAGCACCUGAUAGAGAAACAAGUCAGUCACGCCAACUUCAGCACCCAGACCUGGACCAAGACGGAGACCCUGGGCAGCGUUCGGAUAGCCAAGCCUCCCAGCCCCAAGCCCAUGCCUCUUAUCCGGGUAGUGGAAACAUGAGCUGAGGAGAUGGAUGCUGCUGUUGCUGGGGAAGCUCGUCACCCCUGUAGGCUGUUAGCACUGACUUUGACCUCCUGACCGGGUCCCCGGCUGCCCUUGGGACAUGGGGUUUGUGUGCCCUGGUUCCAAACUCCUGUCCUCGGCCUGCUGGGUGGAUGGAGGAUGAGCGCCUCCUCUGGACACUGCAGCCCUCGGCGGACAGUAUCCUGCUGGCAGGAGCCAGGGCCCCACCCUUAUCCUUGUAGUUACUGGUUUUAUCUUAGCAGAGCCUCCCUUCAUUGUAGCCAGGAGUUCAGCUGCCCUAGGCCCUCAUCCAAUCAGAAGUGAAGAGAUGACAAGAUUGGCCUGAGCCCUGGAAGAUGGAGACGCAGAUGUCCACAGUGACUGGGGAGUGUCCUGGGGGAACAAAGUUCCUUCCAAAAACACAACUCGAUUCUUAGCAACAAACUGUUUUCCUGCUGGCUCCACCCUCUGCUCAUGCUGACCUGGGUCUUUUUCAGAAAGAGAGACAGCAGGUUCCCUCAGCCCUGACGGGCCAGUCCCUGUUUUGGGGGAAGGAGAACAUGCACUCCGGGAGUAGCUUGGAGCAGAAGAUUGUGCAGGGCCACAGUUAGUGUGACUUCUCCGCUGUGACGACUCCCAGCAUCUCUUAGGGGUUCCCCUAAGGUGCAGCACAAGGUGCACCUUAGUCAUCUUGACCGACUCAAAGCCUAAAAACUAUUUUCACUGGGUUACAUCAAUGUCAGCGAAACUCUCGUUGUAUUUAUUUUGCUAAGUUAUUGGCGUUUUUGCUUCUAUCUCACAACUGAUUCAGUACCAGAGUUCUGUACCCUCCUCUUGCAGUGUUUGGAUUUCCUCGGCACUGGGAGGAGAGUGUUCCCACAGGACUUCAUUUCAGAGCAACACUGUUAUAAACCUCUCUCUUUCUUUCCUCUGCUUCUUUCCCCUCCUCCUCCACACCUGAUCGGCACCUCAGGAACGCAAGUAUAUUUGCCCUGACACAUUGUAUGUUUGGGGGAAGAGGGCGGUCAGGAUUCUUGGGGAGAAUUGAAUUCUCCUACCCCCUCUGCACCCCUUGCUUCCUUGUGGGUCUGUUGUCCUGGCUCCAGCUGACCCUGUUACUCAUAGUGUGCCCCUGAGGGCUCUUCCUGCAGCCUCAAGAGAGAGAAAAGCAUCAGAAUGUGGUGCUAUAGGACCCAGAAGUCUUUAGGUUCUAUUGUGCUCCAGACCGGAAGCCUUAAGUCUGGGUGUUUGCGCAUCAUGUUCUGGCUCUGUCUGUGUGAUGGUCUUCUGAUUUCUUCGUGCAGCUCCUGAACCAGGGUUCAGACAGUUGAUCUCCACGGACCUUUCCAGUUCUGCUAUUGUUUCUUGUACUAUAUUCUUUGGUAAAUUUAAUAAAUUUGUUAAUGUUUCUCUUUGA